AUGAGCAUGGCGACGUAUCUUCGCCUUCGGAGAUACGCCUCUCUCAACUCCCUUUCCCUUCUCCACUUCCACAACUCACCGUUUUCCACCGUCAGAUGCUCUUCUUCUUCUUCGUCGUCUUCAUCGCCGUCAUCUUCCGGUACCACUAAGCCGGAUAAGAAGCUCGGGGAUCGUCUUUCGUCUGUAAUCGACGCCGUCAACGAUCGCAAACUACCUCCCGAACUUCGCGGCCAGCGCAACAAUGUUAGGUCAGAAACUGACUUGAUCAACGUUGUUGAGCAAAGAAUAUGGCAUUCAAUGGAAGAAGGCCAAUUUGAGAACUUGCCCGGGAAAGGAAAGCCGCUUAAACUUGACACAAAUCCUCAUGCAGAUCCAGCUGAAGACACGUUAUACAGAAUUCUCUCGAAGAAUGGAUGUGCACCGGAGUGGGUUGAACUUAACAAAGAGAUAAGAUCUAGAAUUUCUCAAUGGAGGAUGUCGUUGAAGAAAGUCUGGGAAAAUAAAUGCAGUGGAGAUCAGUCUAUGUGGGAUGGAAAUUCAGAGGUUUUGAAAUCGCAGUUAAAAGAAAUCAAUGAUAAGGUUUUCCGGUAUAACCUCAUUGUUCCUUUUGGUCGGCAAAUGUCCGGCCUUAAGUGGGAGAAAGAGCUAGGUUAUUUAGAAGAAUGA